AUGAGGCUUACCAAUAGUGCCGUGCCAGUCUACACGGUCUCGGGCUCGUCGACGUCGCGGAGUCUUCCUGACUGGCUCUCACAGAGUCAGAAGCGCAAAAAAGAUCCAGAAUAUGCGAACCGAGUCGAGCUGCUCCAAGACUUCGAGUUCGAAGAAGCCAGUCAAUGCGUUCGCAUCAGCGAAGACGGCGAAUGGGCCAUGAGCACUGGCACCUACAAGCCCCAGCUCCAUACACAUUAUCUACCUAAUCUAUCCCUUUCUUUCACGAGGCAUACGAACACUUUGAACAAAACCUUCCUUUUCCUCUCAUCCGACUAUUCAAAAUCCGUACAUCUGCAGGAAGACCGGUCGAUCGAAUUCCACACUCCCGGAGGCUGUCAUGAUUCUCUGCGGAUACCGCGAUACGGUCGCGAUCUCGUUUAUGACAGGAGCAGCACCGAACUACUUGUCCCUGCUGUCGGGACUAACAGCAACGGGAUGGGAGAGGCGUUUCGCAUAAAUCUAGAGUUGGGGCGGUUCAUGAAUGCAUUUGAGGUGGACGUAGGCGGCGAUGACACUGGUGGCGCUUUGCAAGGCGGCAUUGGUGCUGGCAGCGUCAAUGUGGCAGCUGUAGCCGAAGCCAGUCACAACCUCAUCGCUUUUGGUACCUCGCAGGGGACGGUGGAAUACUGGGAUACGAGAUCAAGGGCGCGGGUGGCUACGCUGGCCACGCCUGCCGACCUCGAAGGGCGUCCCGAGGUUACAGCUCUUACUUUCCACAAAUCAGGCAUCAGUACUGCCGUUGGUACAUCUUCUGGGCUGAUCUACCUCUAUGACUUACGAUCUCCUGUGCCAGUAUUAAAGAAAGAUCAAGGAUAUGGCUAUCCCAUCAUCUACCUUGAGUACCUCACACCCUCAAGCGCCACGCGAGCAUCAGUCUCCGAACCCAAAAUCGCCUCGGCUGACCGUCGAAUCCUCAAGCUAUGGGAUGAGCGAGAUGGAACGCCCUGGACAUCUGUUGAACCAGCUGUCGACAUCAACUGCGUGGCAUGGUGUAAAGACAGCGGUAUGUUCUUGACAGCAAACGAAGGUCGACAGCAGCAUUCUUUCUUCAUACCUCAACUUGGUCCAGCGCCGAAAUGGUGCUCAUUCUUAGACAACGUCGUCGAAGAGAUGGCAGAUGAUCCCAAUGACCCUCAGGCUUUCUCACGGACGAAAGUCGGCGAGAUCUACGACAACUACAAAUUCCUCACCUCCUCGCAACUUCGUAUGCUCAAUUUGGACCACCUUGUCGGAAAGACCAACCUACUUCGACCAUAUAUGCAUGGAUUUUUUGUCGCCCAAGGAUUGUAUGAAGAGGCUAGACUUAUUGCUAAUCCCUCAAGUUGGGAAGAGGAAAGAGCCAAGAGGGUUCAGGAGAAGAUUGACAAGGAACGCGAGAGCAGGAUUCGUGGAAAGAAGAAGGUUACCGCGAAGGUCAAUCGCAAAAUGGUGGAGAGGAUCCUCGAUCGUGAGGAGAAGAAUGAGCAGCGCCGUGCCCAAAGGGUCCUGGCUCAAGGUGGUGACGAGAAAGCUGCCGUUGAAGUUACUGAGCCCGAAGAAAAGGGCUUGCUUGCGGAUUCACGGUUUGCAAAACUGUUUCAGGACGAGGACUUUGCCGUGGACGAAACCUCUAGGGAGUUCCAGCAGCUCAACCCAAGUACUAAAGCCGCGCCAGCUUCGAAUCUGGAUCGUGAGAAAGGACUCACGGCAGUUGAAGAGGAAGCAAUCGACGAAGUCCCUCGCUCGGAUGAUGAUGAUGACACAUCAGAGGAAGAGAUCACAGGCAGAUACAGAACGACAGAUCGAGUUUCCACCGCAGAUUACAAACGAAAGCCUGCCAAGAAACAGAAGGGUGGACAGAUGCGGAUGCAGGUCUCAUCUUCUGGAAAGAACUCGACUGUUCGGGCCCCUAUCGAUCGCUCGUUCGGCACACGAGCAGAAAACUUGCAGCCACAUCAGCGCACAAAGCGCGGUCAUGGUUUUGGCGGCACUGCUGGCGAUAAAGUCAUCACCUUCGAGCCUGGUGAUAAGAAGUCCCGGGGGCCCGGAAAGACAGCCACCAGGUCAAACGGUGCACCAAGACAGGAUCGGAGAAGUGCUUCUGGAAAUACGUUCAGGCAGAUGUAG